CUACCUCAACUCUUGAGUUGUAAUCGUCUAAAGUCAAGUCAGUGCUCCUUCCUGUUUUUCACUAGUUCCGUCUUUGCCUAGUCUGGGUGCACAAGGAAGUCUAGGGAGAAAAAAAAAGUUUCUCUGGGAAAAGCCACGAAACUGUUAAACAGGACAACCGGACCCACAAGGAGAUAUUACCGGGACUUUUGGGAGGGAGCUUUUGUUGGUGCUGUCACAUUUGUCCCGGGGGUGUCUGCUUAACGCCAUGGGGGCUGAGCGGGGUGCUGUCGGGGUUGAAAGGAGCAGAGAGGUGCUUUUAAAAGAAAAGGACAGACAGGCUCUUUGAUAGCAGAGCACUUGAGAGGAAGAGCUCCAACCAGACAAACCAGAUUCCUCCAGAUGGAUUUUAGGGGGAAGCCCUACCCUGAAGCCUGCGGGGCAUCAGAGAUAUAGACGUCACACAAACGCACACACAUUCGCUCUCACAGACGUCAGCGGGAGACGACAAGGAGCAUGGAAGCACUGAGGGAGUCUUUUCUGCACUUAACUUUUCAGAUGUCAACGUAUAAGAGAGCCACGCUGGAUGAGGAGGACCUGGUGGACUCCACAGGUGACGACAUCUACCCAUCGUCGCCCAUGCAGGUUACUCUUCUGCAUGGCCGUACUCCCACAUGUUGGCCAGAGAGGACGCCGAGGGAGAGAAAGCUGCUGUUCUUAGUGUGCAUUGUGUCUGUCGGCCUGUUCAUAUCUCUCAUCACGACAGGAGUCUUCUACAAACAGACUCACCCAGGAUUAUGCCUGACAGAGCCAUGCAUUACUGUGUCCAGUGCCAUCAUGGGAGCCUUGGACCGAACUGUAGACCCAUGUCAUGACUUCUACAACUUUGCUUGUGGGGGUUGGGUGAAAAGUAACCCCCUUCCUGAGGGCAAAUCUCGCUGGGGACCUUUCAGCAACCUGUGGGAGCACAAUAUGCUUGUAAUGAAGCAUUUAUUAGAAAAUACCACGAUGAAAGGUCUGAGUAAGGCUGAGGAAAAAGCCCAGCGAUAUUAUCAGGCCUGUAUGAAUGAGGCCAAAAUCGAGGACUUAGGAGCUAAGCCGCUACAGGAACUAAUCAGCCAGUUAGGAGGAUGGGCCCUGACUGAACCAUGGGACAAGGACAACUUCCAGGAAGUGUUGCAAAUGGUGUCAGCGAACUACCGCACCUCGCCCUUCUUCACAGUUUUUGUCAGCACAGAUUCCAAAAAUUCCAACAGCAACAUCAUCCAGGUGGAUCAGUCCAGUCUGGGACUACCUUCACGGGAUUACUACCUCAACAAAACAGCAAAUGCAAAGUAUCUGAACGCAUACCUUGACUUCCUGGUGGAGUUGGGAGUUCUUCUUGGUGGCUCAAAGGAGACGUCUCAGACAUUAAUGGAGGAGAUUGUGGACUUUGAAACAACCCUGGCCAACAUCACAAUCCCCCAGGAGGAAAGAAGGGAUGAGGAACUAAUCUAUAACAAGAUGGAGGCCAAAGACCUGACAACUUUGGCUCCAGCAGUGGACUGGAUGCCAUACCUUAAAGAAGUGUUUGCUCCUGUGCCGCUCAAUGAGUCGGAGCCAGUGGUUGUUUAUGCCAAGGAAUACCUCCAGAAAGUGUCUGACCUCAUAACUAAAACAAAUAAGAGCCUGCUGAACAACUACAUGAUAAUGAAGGUGGUGAGGAAGAUGGUAUCCAUUUUGGACCACAGGUUCCAGGAUGCAGAGCAACACUUCCUUGAAAUCAUGUAUGGAACCAAGAAGAGUUGUACUCCACGCUGGAAGCUGUGCGUCAGCGACACUGACAGUGCCCUUGGCUUCGCCCUGGGAGCCAUGUUUGUCAAAGCCACCUUUUCUGAUGACAGCAAAGCCAUUGUAAGUGUUACACAGCUCUUCCCUCACAAUGCUGCUCCUACUUCAUCAGCUGAUGUGCUUCUGACUCACCUCUGUUGCCCUCUUUGUUUUCAGGCGGAAAAUAUGGUGGCAGAAAUUAAAUGGGCGUUUGAGGACAGCCUCAAGUAUGUGAAGUGGAUGGACUCAGAAACAAAAAAAGCAGCAAAAGAAAAGGCAGAUGCGAUAUACAAUAUGGUCGGAUAUCCAGAGUUCAUCAUGAAUCACACAAAGCUGGAUAAAGUGUUCAAUGAUUUUGAGGUGGUGUCAGAACUUUACUUCCAAAAUGUCAUGCAGUACUACAACUUCUCAGCCAGAGUGACUGCGGACCAGCUGAGGAAAGCUCCCAACAGAAAUCAGUGGAGCAUGACCCCUCCAACUGUGAAUGCAUAUUAUAACCCAACAAAGAAUGAGAUGGUUUUUCCAGCAGGAAUUCUUCAAGCACCAUUCUAUAGUCGAUCUUGGCCCAAAGCUCUUAACUUCGGUGGAAUUGGAGUUGUGAUGGGCCAUGAGCUGACUCAUGCUUUUGAUGACCAAGGGCGGGAAUAUGACAAGGAUGGAAAUCUGCGUUCCUGGUGGAAGAACUCCUCUGUUGAGGCUUUUAAGAAGCAGACACAGUGUAUGGUCGAGCAGUACGGAAACUACAGCAUCAACAAGGAGCCUCUGAAUGGAAGACACACUCUGGGAGAGAAUAUUGCAGACAAUGGUGGACUUAAGGCUGCCUACAAGGCUUACGUGAAGUGGAUCGAAAAGAAUGGUGAGGAGGCCGCGCUGCCCGCUCUGGGAAUGACAAACCAUCAGCUGUUUUUUGUAGGAUUUGCCCAGGUAUGGUGCUCUGUCCGGACACCUGAAAGCUCACAUGAAGGCGUAAUCACAGAUCCUCACAGUCCAUCAAGAUUUAGAGUCAUUGGCACCAUUUCAAAUUCACCUGAAUUCUCAAAGCACUUUGGCUGCAAAGCUGACGCUCCUAUGAACCCUAAACAUAAGUGUGAGCUCUGGUGAUGCCUCAUUGCUUUGCGCUGUUUAUCAGCAAGGAAUAAAAUGGACAUUGGGGAAAAUGCCUUGAGAUGCUGACAAAGCCUCUCUGGAUGGGGAACCACUGAAAAUCCUACUGCCUUGCCACUUAAUGUUUAUCAGGCUCCUUAUCAGGACAAAUUGUGCCUGCUCUGUUCGGAGGACUGCAAUUCUUAGUGCUUCUCCUAAAGAACUGUUGGCUCAGCAAACAACUUUCUUCAUCUUUAAGUUAAAUGAAGCUAUAAAUAUGCUUUUUGAACACUGGAAACCCAACAAAUGGUAUAAAACAUAGGGGAACCACUGUCAUGUGUUGUAGACUGCUUGUUUGUCAUAUAGAGUGAUAAACAGAAAAGAUCACAUUGCUUUCUCCUUAUUCUUCACUGUGCUAGAAUCUGCUCCGGUUUACUUUAAUUGUGUAUAUUUUUAUUUAUGGUCACAUACUGUAUUUUUAUAUGACAGUGAACCAGGGACCAACAAGAUUUGUAGCCUGAUGUUGAUGAAAAUCUGGUUCACAUAUGGACACUUUAUAAGAAUUGUAUUAUGAGUUGUUUUAGGUAUGUUUGAACAUUGCAAAUAUUUGGAAAAAGAUUUGCACAAUCUGGUGAAACUUUUAACACAAAACUACUUUUUAGACCUGUUGUCAAGAUCAGUGUCAUAUUGCUAGUGUACCAUUUCUGUGAUAGAAGAUUAAAUCAGAAAAGAAGGGUUUAAGAAACUCACAGAAAAAAACAAACAUCAACGUUGUUUGUCUUUCAGAACUUGGCUAAAAUACAAUGUGUCAUACCUCUGUUUAUGAGUUUGCCACAAAUUAUUUUGUAUAGUAAAACCAAUUCAAAA